UGUGUGUAUUGAGAGAGAGAGAGAGACUCGCGGGUGACUUGUUUGCUGAGGAUAUUGGAUUUCUCUAUUCAUCGUCGUUAGUUCUCUUUCCUCUCUGCCAGCUCUCUGAGGACGUCUGAUGCGCUGACCAGCCCUGCUGUAGCCUGUCACUCUCGGGGUUGUCUGGCGGUGGACACAGACUGGACUGGACAGCCGUGAUUGUUUUUUUAAAAGGAGCUGGUACAUUACCACACCUUUGUUGCGCGUUGAAGACACUAUAUGAACAGUCAAGGGACUUUCCGCGAACGAAGAGACUCAUGAAUGGUUGGGUUUUAUUUUACGCGUAUUUUUCUGUGAAGGUUACGGAUCUUGCUCAAGAAUAAGGGCGUUUUAGAAGAUCAAGGCAAGUGAAUGACCACACGAAUAGAUGUGCUACUGUAAACCAAGACAUUGCCCGAGUAGACCCUAAAGUCAUUCCAUUGUGGCUUAACACAAAUCAGCUUCCUUGGAUCUUACUUUUGUUUUUGGUUAGUGUAUUUUUGCAUAAUAUAUAUUUUUCCCCACGGAUCUUUGGAUUAGCAGAACUGUAGAAUUAAUAUAAUACAGGGAAUACUCACCAAGAGGAAAGAUGGGGAACAGUGUCUAGAACUGCCAGGAGAGGAAUGCCCCAGACUGUGUUCCCAGCAGCAGGCACCAUGUUCACCCCCAGUGGCUUCAGCCCCCACCUGGCCUCCACCUGCUCUGAGGCUGACCCUGAGGAGGAGGAAGGCCCCGAGGAGGCCAGAGGACCUGGGGCUUGCGCGGCCGACGGACCCCCCAUUACCUCCGCCUCUCUGGACACUCUCAUCCAGCACCUGGUGCCCACCGCAGACUACUACCCAGAGAAAGCCUAUGUGUUUACGUUCCUGCUGAGUGCUCGUCUGUUCAUCUCUCCCCCUGAGCUGCUGGUCAGACUCUGUGACACCUGCAUCAAACAACAGCAGUUGGACCAGAGUCCACUGGACACGGCUAAAGUGAGGAAGUUUGGUCCCAAGAUCCUGCAGCUGCUGACUGAGUGGACAGAGACGUUCCCCACAGACUUCAGAGAGGAGAAGAUGGUGGGCCUUUUCAAAGAUAUCAUCCACAGGAUAGCACCCUGUGAUGAGGCGUAUUGGAAGACACUGAACCAGGUUUUGCAGACGCUGAACCAGAAGCUGGCAGCCAUCGCCCAGGGAGAGGAGAGCAUUGUCAAAGUGAAUGCCUCCUCAGUCUCCUCAAUCUCAGACAAGCUGGUGGGCUUCAAGACCAAGCCUCCACCUAUCCAGAAGGAUAUACUGUCUAUCUGCAACGACCCAUACACACUGGCACAGCAACUCACCCAUGUGGAACUGGAACAUCUCAGUCAUAUCGGUCCUGAGGAGUUUGUCCAAGCCUUUGUUCAGAAAGACCCGCUAGAUAGCACUCAGCAGCCGUGUUUCAGUGAGCAGAAGAAGAAGACCACUAACCUGGAGGCUUACGUCAGGUGGUUCAACAGGCUGUGCUACCUGGUAGCUACUGAGAUCUGUAUGCCUGCUAAGAAGAAACAGAGAGCCCAGGUGAUUGAGUUCUUCAUCGACGUGGCCAGAGAGUGCUUCAACAUUGGCAAUUUCAACUCCCUCAUGGCCAUCAUCUCUGGUAUGAAUAUGAGUCCUGUGUCUCGGUUGAAGAAGACGUGGGGUAAAGCCAAGACUGCCAAGUUCUUCAUCCUGGAGCAUCAGAUGGAUCCUACUGGAAACUUCUACAACUACAGAACAGCACUUAGGGGAGCCGUCCACAGGUCCCAGACUGCUAAUAGCAUCAGGGAGAAGAUUGUGAUUCCCUUCUUCAGCCUACUGAUCAAAGACAUCUACUUCCUGAAUGAGGGAUGUGCCAACCGCUUGCCCAAUGGCCAUGUACAUUUUGCGAAAUUUGUGGAAUUGGCUCGCCAGGUGGGAGAGUUUAUGACGUGGAAACAGAUAGAGUGUCCGUUUGAGACAGACAGGAGCAUCCUCCACUACCUCCACACUGCUCCCAUCUUCAGUGAGGACGGCCUCUACCUGGCAUCCUAUGAGAGUGAGAGCCCAGAGAACCAGGUGGAGAAGGACAGAUGGAAAGCACUCAGGUCUAAUAUUCUGGUGAAGACAAAAGAGCUAAAAGAGCACCAUGGCAGCUAACCCUCAGGCCAGCCCAGCGAGGGAGGGAGGGAGGGAGUGUACUCAUUGCACUAAAACAAACUGUGAAGGAGCCUAGCUGGUACCCGAGGUGUUUUUCUACACAUGAAGAAUAGAAGUGAUGAAACAAUAAUGAUGAACAGGAUUCAUCAACAUCUUGACCAGUAAAAACACAAUGAAAGAACAAAGGUCAACAAGCAGUGAAAAGUGAAGCUACUGUAUGGACACUAACUGGGGGAGUAUAAUGUCAUUACCUUUGGUUUGACUUUUGUACAUGGGGUACAUAAGGGAUAGAUCAAUCCCGCAAUCUUGGUGUUUAUUUACUCUUUAUCAUCUUUCUUUCUCUCCCUCUCUCUUUCUUUCUCUCCCUCUUCCUUUCUUUCUCUCUCAUCUUUCUUUCUCUCCAAAGCCUUGUGUACGUUUUCUAUUGUACUGUUAGAAUCCUGUAAAAGUAAGAGUAACUAUGAUGUGAAGGGCGCUGGCUUGCCCACUUAGCUGCCGGACUGUGUUUGGUCCUCUACUACUGAAGACUACUACUAAAAGACUACUACUAAAGACUACUAUUGACGACUUCUACUAAAGACUACUAUUGAUGACUUCUACUAAAGACUACUACUAAAGACUAGUAUUGAUGACUUCUACUAAAGACUACUACUAAAGACUAGUAUUGAUGACUUCUACUAAAGACUACUAUUGAUGACUUCUACUAAAGACUACUAUUGAUGACUUCUACUAAAGACUACUACUAAAGACUAGUAUUGAUGACUUCUACUAAAGACUACUAUUGAUGACUUCUACUAAAGACUACUAUUGAUGACUUCUACUAAAGACUACUACUAAAGACUAGUAUUGAUGACUUCUACUAAAGACUACUAUUGAUGACUUCUACUAAAGACUACUAUUGAUGACUUCUACUAAAGACUACUACUAAAGACUAGUAUUGAUGACUUCUACUAAAGACUACUAUUGACGACUUCUACUAAAGACUACUAUUGAUGACUUCUACUAAAGACUACUACUAAAGACUAGUAUUGAUGACUUCUACUAAAGACUACUAUUGAUGACUUCUACUAAAGACUACUUCUAAAGACUAGUAUUGAUGACUUCUACUAAAGACUACUUCUAAAGACUAGUAUUGAUGACUUCUACUAAAGACUACUUCUAAAGACUAGUAUUGAUGACUUCUACUAAAGACUACUUCUAAAAGACUACUAUUGAUGACUUGUACUAAAGACUACUACUAAAGACUACUAUUGAUGACUUCUACUAAAGACUACUUCUAAAAGACUACUAUUGAUGACGACUACUACUAAUGACUACUACUGAGUACCAGGAACCACUGGAGAGACAUCCUGCAUUAUAUCAUUCCACAUACAUAAAUACAUUGACUGUGUGUGUGUGUGUGUGUGUGUGUGUGUGUGUGUGUGUGUGUGUGUGUGUGUGUGUGUGUGUGUGUGGUCUCAGUUGAGGGGCUUAUUCUUAUCAAAAUGUAAAUCUCUCAUCCUCAGUGGAGAGACUGUUGUUGAAACCAUGAAACCAGGGUAUUUUCAUCUCCAUGUCUGAAUCUAGUCUACCUGUACAUUGUAGGUGUGGAGGGCUGGGGAUAUCAGCGUUGUCUACUCCUAUGCGAAAAUGUAUUGUGCCAUGAAAACGACAGCAAAACAAUCAAUCAUGUCAAGGGCCAGGCCUGUGUAUAGAUUGUGUACAAAGAACUACUUUUCCCAUGUAUCCCCUGACAUCUUUCUACUCUCCAGGAAGAGUCUCUCUCUGACUGAUGUUCAGUUGUCUGAUAUUUAUGGUUUUGUUAUUAUUUUCUUUUAUUCCUCUAUUGAAAAUGAAGUCUGCUAAAUGUCAUGCUAAAGACAGUGUUUUGAAGGGGCAUUAUAUGUAGGGUUCCACCACUGAAAUAUUGGAGGUGUUUUAGGCCAUUGGAAUAUGAGCUAAAUGAUCAAAUGGAUACUUUCACCAAUAACAUCUGCCAUUGUCUUUCUAUUGUUGGAGAGGGAAAGUUAUGCCAGUUUGUCACUACUAGUUGUUACGAUUAUCCAGGUUAUUUUAACUUGAAACUUGCUGUUGUUUAUGCCUUUGUUGUCCUGUGGGAUAGUCACAUGUGAUCCCUGGGGGUUAUCAUAAAGGAGGGAUAUGGUGGGAGAGGGAUGUGCGUUAUUCCAUGUUUUUAAGAGACAGUUUGAUUCAAUUUUAUAUGAUUGAUGUUCAAGUGAUGCACUCGUAGCCCUGUCCUUCUUUUAACAACAAGCUGGUUCUCUCGCUCUCUCUCUCUCUCUUCUCUGUAACACAGAGAAGACAGUUACCUACACCCAUGCCAUGCCACACUGUCUUGUAGGAUCAGGAGGCAUCCAAGGUAACAGUUUUCAGUGCAGUGUUUUCAGUGAAGAGUGUUUGCGUGUGUGACACACUGAAGCAGGCAGAUCAUUGAUACUUUUUUGUUUACUGGCCAGUUUACAGGAUUCUGGCCCCAUCGAUAGCAAAUUGAAAAGAGGCUGACUUAAAUAAAUGGCUUUUAAUAAAAUG